AUGAGUGCUGACGAAAAACCGCUUGAUAUAAUACAAUACGUCCCAUUUACGUCUUUCGUGCACCCAUCAUUUUGGCACAGUUUAACAGAUUUAAAACUUAAUGUUGAUAAACUAAACGAAACAACAAAACAAAUUCAUGGCAGUUUUUCAUACAGCGAUGAUAUCGGAACGGUCUUCGAGGUUGAUGGAACAUCUUUUAACAAGAACCCAGAAUGUGGGUUGCACUACAUAAAUGUUACUGGGACUCUUCUGAAUAAGAACACCAUUGAAGAUUUCAAGUCCAUUGAUAAAACUGCACUUCUCAAUAGUGUCGGGGAAAUGAUUUGGUCAAACGUUAAAAUGCUGUCAUGGAUUAAAACUCCAAGCAGUUUAUUGAACUGUUUCAUUCUAUCCUUUGCUGAUCUAAAGAAGUUUCAUUACUAUUAUUGGUUUGCAUUUCCCUCUCCCAGCCAACCAACAGUUUGUUUGAAAGAGAAAAGUCAGAAUAUUAGUGCAGUUUUUAGCAAAAAGGAGAUUCAAGAUAUAUCAGAGAGAUUUCAAUCUUUGGAACUCAAUCAGAAAUGUUAUUUCAUUGUCCUAAGACAGAAAGACAAGGAUACUCAAACAGGAGGAAAUGUUAAUUGGUUAGGCUGGGAGAGAAAUGAUAGAGGAAAUUUUGGACCAAAACUUGCUAAUAUGUCAGCUUCAAUGGAUCCAAUCAAAUUAGCAGAAACAUCGUCUGAUCUCAACAUAAAGCUGAUGCAGUGGAGACUCGUCCCCGACUUGGAUGUGGACAUUAUGAAAAACACUAAAUGUCUUCUAUUGGGAGCAGGAACACUUGGUUGUCAUGUCGCAAGGGAUUUAUUGGCCUGGGGUUUCCGUCACAUAACUUUCAUAGACAAUGGUAAAGUGUCUUAUUCAAAUCCCACACGCCAAGUUCUGUUUAAUUUCCAAGACUGUGUCAAUGGAAGCAGAAAAUCUGAAGCAGCUGCCAAAAAUAUGAAACUAAUAUUACCAACUGUGGACCAUCAACUAGGUCCACGUCCAAAAGAAAAACACCGGUUACGAUACUGUGGAUACUUUACCAAAAAACGAGUAAGAGUCUCGUCCCUGUGCCGAACGGGACUGCACAAGCCAAAAAUCGGCACCCCAAAAUCUAAACCGAUUCCGCUACAUGGCAAUCCGAAUACAAUCUCACCGGCAUCGUUAUAUGAUUCGCCAAAAUCCACUGUAUCCGUGCAGCAACAGCAAAAUGUUCGUCUGCCAAAAUCCACUGUAUCCGUGCAGCAACAGCAAAAUGUUCGUCUGCCAAAAUCCACUGUAUCCGUGCAGCAACAGCAAAAUGUUCGUCUGCCAAAAUCCACUGUAUCCGUGCAGCAACAGCAAAAUGUUCGUCUGCCAAAGUCCACUGUAUCCGUGCAGCAACAGCAAAAUGUUGAUCUGCCAAAAUCCUCUGUAUCCGUUUCUCAUAAUGAAACAAAAAUCUUCGAGAUCACGACAGAUCCAACUAAAGUACUUCUCCCUCAUGUCAUUAUCAAUUCAUCCAUUUCUGAAAUUCCUUUAACUUUGCUGAUAGACUCUGGCUCAGCAAUUAGUUUAAUUAAAUCCUCUUGUAUUCAGAAACCUGUAAAAUUAAUAAAAGAACAAAUAGAUUUGAAAGGGAUUGAACCCGAUAAAAGCUCUACAAAAACUUGUGAUGCUCUUUCGAGAUAUCCCGUGAAUCCUGUAUAUCCUGAAAAUAAUACAAACCCUAUACAACAACAACAAAAUCAAAAUUCACCCGACAUCAUGGAUGAAUUACAAAGUCUUUUAAUGUCCCCACCUUCUGCUGUUGAAAACCUUCUUAACCCUGAAAUGGAACAAGAAGUUUUAGAUUAUUUUAGUUCUCUCAAUAACGAUACACCUGUCAAUGUCGAACCUGAUCCACAACCUUCAACUAACAGCCAAAAUCUUGACACUUUACCAGUAUCUACGAAUCGUAGACCUCAACAAUCCUUACCGUCUAAAAAUCUACAUUCUCCUAACGAAAACUUACCUCUACCCGCUGAAUCUAAUUCCAAAACAAUUCAAUCCACUGAAAACCAGGAUAAAUCGCCUGACGAUGACUAUAGUCAUUUUCUUAAGUCCCCUACAAGAACAUAUAAUACCACGAUUAAAGAACACAAUGAAAGCUUACUAAAAUGCACACAAAAUUUAAUAAUAAUACCAACUUCGAUAGACUUAGAUGAAUCUAUGCCUUAUGUACAAGAAGUACUUGAUAAUUGCCCCGAAAGUACUCGCGACGAAUUCUUGAAACUGGAAAGAGACUUAUUCACUUCAUUACCUCUCACAUUCGAUAAUAAACACUAUCUCUUCUUAUUUACUAAACACACCGAAGGCUUAGUACUCCACAUCCCCAUGCCCGGUCAUCCAAUAGGAGAGGCUCUAAUGAAGGAAACUAUUCAUAAUAUAGAAGUUCUCACGGAAGCUAUUAGAAAUCAUGAUGUAGUAUUCUUACUACUUGACACGAGAGAAGCCAGGUGGUUACCAACACUUAUAGCAGCUAGCUAUGGAAAGAUAGUAAUAAACGCAGCUCUAGGCUUCGAUAGUUACCUAGUGAUGCGACACGGAGUGAGUAAUGAACGAGUGAAUGAAACUAUUGAAGGAAUCUCUAAAAAUGAUACACACGUCGACGGUGGACAACUGGGCUGUUACUUCUGUAAUGAUGUCACUGCGCCCGGAAACUCUCUCAAAGAUCGUACGCUAGAUCAACAAUGCACUGUAACUAGACCGGGAGUCGCGGCCAUUGCUGGUGCGUUAGCGGUUGAGCUAUUAGUAUCUAUUCUGCAACAUCCAUUAAGGGUCCACGCUCCGGCAUUACACAACUUGAAUAGCGAAGAAAACUCUCAACAUGAAGGCAUACUCGGCCCAAUACCUCAUUCAAUCAGAGGUUUCCUUCAUUCAUUCCAAACGGUUGUUCCGACGUGUUCGAAAUUCAAACAGUGCAUAGCAUGUUCUGAAGUGGUCAUAGACAAGUAUAGAGAGGAAGGAAUUGAUUUUUUGAUGAAGGUUUUCAACAGUGGAACCUUUUUGGAGGAUGUGACUGGCCUAUCUGAAUUGCAAUUAGCAGCUGAAAUGACAGACGUUGGUAUAUAA